AUGUUCUGGAAGCUUUUCUUGUCCCUUUUCCUGGUGGCCAUGCUGGUCAAUGGGGCAGAGGCCCGGAAGAACCGGCCCGCAGGUGCCAUCCCUUCGCCUUACAAGGAUGGCAGCAGCAGCAACUCAGAGAGGUGGCAGCACCAGAGCCAGGAAGUGCUGGCCUCCAGCCAGGAGGCCCUGGUGGUCACCGAGCGCAAGUACCUCAGGAGCGACUGGUGCAAGACGCAGCCGCUGCGGCAGACGGUGCGUGAGGAGGGAU